CAACUCAAAAUUGAAAUUUUUACUAUAAAUGUAAUUAAUAUAUUAUUAAUUUAAGAAAUUGGAAUAGAUAAUGUUAAUUUGGUAAGAAAAUUUUAAAAUUCCUACCUGGCACCUAAACAUGAUUAGGAGAAAAUGCCCUUACUGUUGUUAAGAUAAGAUAAAUGUUGAAAAUUAGUAAACAAUAUGUUUAAACUUGAUAAAAAAAUAAAAUAUACGGUAGUCGAUAACACCGACGAGCAGGAAACGGUGGAUUUUGAACCAAUGAAACGAAAAAUUUGCUCUUCAGCAUGUCUUUGGUCAUCGCUUUUUACAGCAGCAUUAAUUGGUUCUUAUUACGUACCUUCGAUAGGCCUAACGUUUUAUCAAAAUUGGCUUUACAAGAGUUUUCACUAUCCAUUGAUAACAGUCCUCAUUCACAUGAUAGUGAAGUUUAUUCUGGCUGCUUUAAUACGAGUGUGCUACUUAAAAAGGCCCAUUAAACCGAGCAUUACUCAAGAAUGGAAGGAAUAUUUAUUGGCUAUGGUACCGAGCGGUAUGUUCAGUGGAAUCGAUAUAAGUUUCUCCAAUUGGGGAUUGGGAUUGGUAACAGUUUCAUUGUAUACUAUGACCAAAUCAACAACAAUCAUUUUUAUUUUAAUAUUCUCUAUAUUAUUAAAAUUAGAGAAAAAGUCAUGGAGUCUUUGUAGCAUAGUAACGAUGAUUACAGUAGGAUUAUUCUUAUUUACAUACAAGUCAACUCAGUUUAAUGUCCUAGGUUUUACAUUGUUACUGUUGGCUUCGGUGUCCAGUGGUAUUCGAUGGACGUGUGUGCAAUUAUUACUGCAAAAAUCUAAAAUGGGCAUGACUAAUCCUGUCGAUAUGAUCUAUCAUAUGCAACCGUGGAUGAUACUUAUAGUAUUACCAGCUGCUGUUUUUAUUGAAGGUCCGAGUUUAUUGCAAAACUGUCAUAUUUGGGGCUGUGAUGAUGUAUAUAUUUUUUACCCGUUAUUCAUGAAGAUAUUGCUAGGAGCCUUUAUCGCUUUUUUCAUGGAAUUUUCUGAAGUUACUGUAGUUACUUACACUUCCAGUCUAACAUUAGCAUUAGCAGGAAUUGUAAAGGAAGUGGUUCAAUUGGUGAUAGCUGUAGAAUGGGCGCACGAUCAACUCUCACUGUUGAACAUAGUGGGUUUGGUCUUUUGCUUGUGCGGUAUUUCAUUGCACGUUUUUCAUAAAAUUAAGAACCAGCCGAUAAGGUAUCAACGUCCAUACGAUGCUACAUCAGAGAGGCAGGAAGUCAAUGAGUAUUUAAUUAGUAACUACAUGCACGAAAGUCCGAGUGAGAGUGAUGAUGAAAAGAGUGAUACUGAUAUACUUUUUGAUAUUCUCAAAAGAAGAGACAGAUAAGUUAAGUAUAUUUGGGAAGCAUGGAAAAUCCGUCAUUUGUAUGAACAGGUACAAACCUAAAGUUUAUUUUUCCAUUUGGAUCGCGCGUUUGUUUAGGUAGGGAGUUUACCCAAUUUUGAUGUUAAAGCAAGUGGAAUUUUUCAGCAAUUGUACAUAAUAAUGUGUAUGUAUAGUUACUCUACACAGUAGUAUAUUAGAUCUCUAACUAUUUUUAACAAGUUGUUGGUAAAUUAUUUAAACCAGAUUUAUUUAAGAGAAAUAUCCAGAUAAGUAAAAACAGUAAAUUUCUGCAAUGAAGGAAAUUUUAUCGUUAUAUAUUUUUUGUAUUCUGAUAUUAAUACAGUUUUAAACAGUCAAAACCUUCUAUAAGACUGAGAUAAAUUUAAAAGUAUUUUAAAAUAUUAAAUGUUACAACCAAACAAAUUAACUGAUUUUUUUCCGCUAAAAAAGACUUCAACUUGUCUAGUCCUGAAUAUAAUUUGAAGCACAAGCAUUUGAAGCUAAGAAUAAUUUUAUUAGUAGUGUAGAGAAAUAUUUCAAAUUAUUUGGGUGUGUAAUUGCUUAUCUGUUUUUGUUAUAUUUAUUUUUCUAUGGUAUUUAUAAAAAAAUGUAACUUGCCCAAAUCAUCGUUAUAAUGUAGUCUAGAUUAUAUUCUCAGCAUGUAAUUUUCGUUUAUGUUUAAGCACAUGGGUACUUAAUUGUUUUUGUUUUUUUUUUCAUCAAAUUCAGAUUAUUAAUUUUUCAAAUAGCUAAUCUAAAAUAUUUAAUUUUUUCCACGUUUUUAUUUAUUUUUCAUCGUUAAUAAGUAAUCUGUCAAUUAGAUAAAAACCAAACUUAAUUUUUUAAAUUUAUUAAACAUUUAUAUAAUAAAAAUUAUUACACUAAAUUGGUAGAGUUAACUUUUUAUGGAUAGUAUUAUAAAAAGUGAUGUAUGUGAUUUGUGUAUUAUAUUAUCAACGAAUAAAAUGAACGAUGCAAUUUUCAAAUUCAAGACUGAUAUUUUUCCAAUGCAUGCGCCUCGUUGAACAAAAGAAAACAUGUCAAAAAAAUGACCGUUUUGCAGAUCUUACAUUUUGACUCAAGUUUUUUGCUUCAUAAAAAGUAAACUCAUCUCUUUUACCCUUACAUUCAAUGUUUAAAUUUAGUUACAAAGACGGAUUUCAUACAAUAAGUACAUUUGGUUUCACAGGUUUUGAAAAAUAUUAAUCAUUAAAUUUGACUAGUUAUUUCAGCAUCAAUUUUUGAUUAGAAAUAAUUAUAACGUCAAAAAUUGAAUGCAAUAUUAUUUUAUAUUAAAUAACCUCUGUACUUGUGUACAAAAUCUGUCUUUAAGAUUUUAAAAAAUAGAGUCUCUGAAUAGUCGAAAAACACCUUUGUUAAUAGAUUUCUUUUGAAAAAUACCCUAAUAUUUAAUACUUUAAAAGAUAUAUUUACCAACUAUAAAUUAAACCUUAAAUUUAAAAAAAUAAAUUAAAAAACAUAUCACAUUAAUUUUUCUUUUUCAUUAUAAAAUUUGGUUUUAAAAUUCGUUGAAUAAAAAUAAAGUAUGCAAUUAUAUUUCGAAAACUUAUUCUAUUUUUAUGCGUAACAUCCCCACAUAAAUUUGCUCACCUAAGGAUAACUUUGUUUAUCAAUUAUUAUAGGGUAAUUAUUAUCCACAUGAAUGGUAAAAUUAUGAUGCAGUUAUUAAUCACUCUAUAAUAAAGGAAAUUGACAAAAUUUUUAGAGUUUGUCUUAGAAUAAUUGUCAUAUUAUAAAGGAUAACUUUUCAAAACGAGGUUCUUACGCUUAUCCUUUAUAAUUUAACAAAUAUAGUUACAUUCAUAACAACAUUUAUAUCUUGACAUCUGUUUUCUAAGAUACGACAUAUAAACAUCAAACAUCAUUAUUUUUUUUUGUAAUUUUUAACCAAACACAUAGGCCCAUAUUCAGCACCUCACUGUAACUUUAGCGUGACUCUAAAGGCGCGUCUCUAGUUACUCAAUAACAAAGUACAACUGUCAAAUUGAAGACGCGACUUUAGAGUCACUCUAAAGUUAAAGUGAGGCCAUUAAAUACGGGCCAUUUUUUAUAGGGGAUACAUAAAUCUAGAAAGCCAAAAAAAUAUUUUUCUACAACCUUUCUCUCUUUCCUUCAACAAACUUUAAUUGUAAUUUUCUAUAAGCUAGAAAAAUUUGCAGUUGUAGAGAAAAUAUUGUACUCGACUCGUCAAUAAAGUUACAUUUCCGACAAGUUAGAGAUCACAUUCGUCACCCGGCUAAUCUCGAAAUGAAAUUAUCAAUUAGAUUUACCAAGAAGCGUCGGCAUGCCAGCGAAUUUGUUCAAUACCUUUUUCUGCAACCUCGCAUUCAACAAACUUUUAACUUUAUCGGGCAAGCCCCUCAACUCGUCGUCGUCGUAGGUAAACAUAAACUUGCAAUUGCUCGAUUUCAACUCGUUUUUCUCCAUUAAUUCCACGGCGUGCUCCAAGCAAUAAGUCACACCUUCUGCCGUAUCAAAAAUCUGGAAACACAUCGAAAUUUACAUACACUAAAUUUUUUGUGAUAUCUCUAUUACUUACCAUUGAUAAAAACAAGCUACUCCUGCAAAUCUCGCAUUCGUAAUCGCCCUCAUCGCCUUGCUGAAACUUCUUUUUCUUCCCUUUAUUUAGAUCCACGACGGGCAAUUUUUCUUUCUCCAACUCACCCAAUUUACCCAACUCCCUUUUUCUAAUUUCCAAUUCCUCGCCGCACAAUUCCUGUACGAGCGGCAACGUUUGCCUCACCAUUUCCACGCUGCAUUUCCCGUCGUUAACCACGCUGAAGAACAGCCGGUCCAACGAGAACAUCGCCGGCUCGUUGCUCUGCUUCAGCGCAUCGAACAGCGCCCGGGCGGUUUUGAUCCAGUAGAUCGGAGCGAAGAACACGCUCUCCGACACCACGUACCCCGUGCUGAUGUUCGACGUGAAAGCCUUGGGAAACACGACGAUGAACUGGCCGGGCUCUUGCACCGAACGGCACAAGGACACGUUGUUCUCGACUAGAAGAUUCGGCGGUACCAUAAUGGUAUCGGAAGGUAGCCAGAGCUCCUUGUUUUUGCAGUAACCGGGCACUAAGUUUUUUAGCGAAGCGUGGAACUGAGUACCCAUGGAGUUGGGUAUGCCGUACCAGAUUUUCGAGCCGCCCGUGUGCAGGUAUUCUAUCCAUGGUAGACCGUGCGGAUCGCGGUACCAGCAGCAAGCGCUGAAUACCAUUCCAACGUGAAGUGUGGGUACUGUUACGCCUGUAAUGUACAAUCCGUAGAUUAUUAAAGUAUAUAAGAAUGGUUUGCGAACUUACCCAUAACAGGUCCUAGUGAACGAAGGAUAGAUCCUGUGUUGUUUGUGAGCAUCUUCAAAUUCCAAGGGUGCUUUGCGAACGGGCUAUUUUUGGUAACGGGAAAGCCGUAACCCCAAUUGCCACAAUCUAUCGAACCGGAAUGGACGCAAAUGUGAUUAUCUCUCGAUACGACGUACUUCCAAUAGUCUUGUUCCAC